ACAUGCCUCUAGAAUAAUACAGGAGAGUCUCAUCUGCCUGGUUGCUUUAAAUAGAAGGGAAAAAAUGAACAGAGGAACCAGCAAAGCUCAUCUCACUUCUCAGAAUUGACUCUCUGACCCUUUUUACUGUCUGUGCCCCUCUGAAAAUCUCCUCCGGCUUUUAUCUGCACCAUUCCACCUUUCGCAAUAGAGGAAAGCCCCUGAAGCUUUUUCCACCCUCUGAAAAGCAUCCACCUCUGCAGCCAGACACCGAGCUUCAUCUCUGCGCCAAAGACAUGAAGCAUCGUCUGGGCUUCUUGCUGCAGAAAUCAGACUCCUGUGACUACAGCUCUUCCCAGGGCAAGAAGGAGAAAACAUCUUCAAGCCAGAGGGUUAGCCAAGAGGAAGUCAGAAAGUGGGCAGACUCUUUGGACAACUUGAUCCACCAUGACAGAGGACUGGCUGCUUUCCGCGCUUUCCUCAAAUCUGAGUACAGUGAGGAAAACAUCGAGUUCUGGGUCAGUUGUGAGGACUACAAGAAAAUCAAGUCACCAGCUAAGCUCAGCCCCAAGGCCAGAAAGAUCUAUGAUGAAUUCAUCUCGGUCCAGGCAACAAAAGAGGUGAACCUGGAUUCGUGCACACGGGAGAAGACAAGCCACAAUAUGCUGGAGCCUACACUGUCCUGCUUUGAUGAGGCUCAGAGAAAAAUAUUCACCCUCAUGGAAAAGGAUUCUUACCGCCGUUUCCUCAAGUCCCCCUACUACCUGGACUUGGUCAGCCCACCUGGUGCUGGCUGCGGGCCCGAAAGCUGCAAAAGAAGCCACACUCACACCUUAGACUGCAACUCUAACAUCGUCUCUCAGUGCGCCUGAACCUGCAGCAAGGCAGGAGCGGGCUGGGCUCUCGCAGGAAAUCAUGGCAGCAAAAAGCACUCAUUGGCAUGAAGCAGCAGAGCUGUCUCCAGUCGCUGUCUAACGUCCCAGUUGUGUCCCAUGUCAUGCAACAGCCAGCAUUUGUAACCCCGGCCAGGCUCAGUCUGUGUAGCGAACCCUCCUCUGACUCCGUCAGCGUAGGAGCCCUGGAGUCUGUCUCUGACGUGA